AUGUACAGUAGUAUUUUAUGGUGGGUGGGGUUUUCUUCCGGGGCAAAAAAAAUAAUGGCAUUAUUAUAUUAUCAUAAUAUUUUCAGUUUUAUUCUCAAAAUGUUAUUGUUUUUGGUGGCUGUUUGGUGUUUUAUUUUUGGAUUUGUUGAUUCCUAUACUAGUAUUACUAAAUAUUUGAUUGGAAAUAAAACUUAUUUUGAACGAUUUGAUCAACCAUGGUUUAGACAUAUGCAUUAUGAUCAUGAAAGGGUAAGUUCUUAUUGGAUUACUGUAGUUCUCCAAACAAAAAAAAUUGAAUGUGAAAAUGUGAUAAAAGUGUUCUUCUUUCUUAUAUCUUCUUUUUUAGGUAAAAGAUUCGGAAAAAGAUUCAUCAGCUUUUGGAAAACAUUAUGUUCCAGACGAUGAUGUUUUUAUAGCACCGGAUUGGUCAAAAAAAGAACAAAAAUAUUUGGGAUGUUUGAAUCGAACUUGUGUUUGUGGAUUUUAUGAUGGUAGGUUGGUUACUUUUGAUUUUUCUUAAAUUCAAAAAUCUUUUUUCUAGGCGAAGUUUCAAAUGGCGAAUGUAUUUUAGCAGGAGGAAAGAAAUUGAAACCAGCAAAAAGAGUCGAAUUAAGAAUGUUAUCGGAUAAAAAUAGAAAAUUGAUUGAGAAAACGUGGAAUUCAAUGAAAAAAAGUGGAUUAUAUAAUAGAAUUGGACGAGUUCAUAAAUAUUCGGGUGUUCAUUCUGGACCUGCAUUCACAAUUUGGCAUCGAGAAUUUUUAAAAAGACUUGAAAUUAUUCUCCGAACUCAUUCACCAAUUCCUGAAUUUGGUAUUCCAUUUUUCGAUUCAACUCUCGAUUCUCCAUUGCCAGAUCCAAAAGAAUCAAUUAUAUUUUCGGAAUUAUUUCUUGGAGAAGUAAAUGAAGAUGGAUUUGUUAAAAAUGGACCAUAUCAUAAUUGGGAAACAAUGGAAGGAAGAAGUCAAAUUUUGAGAAAAUUUGAUUAUGAUAAAGGAGGAGAAUUAUUGAAUAAUGCAAGAGUUGAUUGGUUAAUUAAUAAUCCUGAUAUUAAUAUGAUACUUGGACCAACAAUGCCAUUAACUGUGAGUUUUUCGAAAACUGGAAAAUAAAUUAUUUAAAGUUAUUUCAGAGUUGUCCAAUGAAUCAUACACUUGAUGCUCGAAUGCUCGAAUAUUCUCAUGAUUAUGUUCAUUUUUUCAUAAGUUAGUUUUAUUUUCGACAGAAGCAGAGAAAAUACGGAAGCUUUUCAAAUAUUUGUUGCCUCAAUGUUGGGAAUCUCCCAAAUCUGCGGAUUUUUGAGUUAUUAAAAAUUGAGAUUUAUAGAAUUCUUACGAACCCCUGUAUUUUUUCAAAAUAUAUUCUUGUAGAGUUUGGGACAAGGAAUAUUCAAUUCAAGAUCUGAUUCUUUCCUUUAUCUCUUAUGUUCUUAAAUUAAUGUUUAAUUUGCAGAUGGAGAUAUGAGUAAAUCAUAUUCGUCUUCAAAUGAUAUUGCAUUUGUAUAUCAUCAUUGUAUGAUUGAUUGGAUUUUUGAGCAUUGGAGACAAAAUCAACAAACAAGACAACAAAGAGAAAUUGAUUAUCCAUUGAGUGAUGAAAGAUGUUUCCCAUUUUGGCAUUUUGCUGAAAAUCCAAUGCCACUUCUUCAGCCACUUAAAAAUCAAGAUGCUUUAUCAAAUGGAUAUACUGAUCAUUUUUAUGAAUUUGAUAAAAGACCAAGUUGUACAAGAGAAAAACCAGAUUGUGGUUCAAAGUAAGACUAAUGUACAUUUUAUUGAGAUUAAUUAAAAACUACAGUAAUUUUCAGAUAUUUGUUCUGUUAUCUUCCUGAAAAUCCACAUGAACUUCCAUAUUGUGUGAGUAAAUUGCGAAGAAAUGGAAAUUGUGAAGGAUUCGAAAAAUAUCCGAUUUGUUAUUGGGGAAAAUGUAUAAAAGGAAGAUGUAAAGAAUCACAAAAUGAACAUCAGAAAAUUGAAAAACCUAGCAAUUUUCUAGAACUUAUUAUGAAAUGA